AUGGCAAGGUGCCUCCCAAUGCUGCAGGAGAAAUGGAAGUACAGCCAUUUUCUACUACAUGUUCAUUCUGUGGAUGACCUCAAAGACAAAGUGUUUCCCAACUUGACAGAAAAUUACCAAAACCACAAUUGGCUGUGUGAUAGAGCAACAUUGGCUCCAAAAAACCUAAACAAACAGCUAAUGCAUUCUCUUCCUGGUAGCCUUCACACUUACAAGUCUCUUGAUACAAUUCCAGAUCAAAAUGAAGUGGUGAACUAUCCUCCAGAAUUCCUUAAUUCCUUGGAGCCUCCUAGACUUCCUCCCCACAUAUUACGACUUAAACUUGGAUCUCCUGUAAUGCUGCUCCGAAAUCUGAAACUGCCACAACUUAGCAAUGAGACACAAUUGGUGGUAAAUAAAAUUAUGUCGCAUGUUAUCGAGGCUAUCAUUCUUUCUGGAUGUGGAAAAGGUGAUGACGUUUCCAUUCCAAGAAUUCUUCUUACCCCAUCAGGAGCAGAAAUUCCAUUAUCAUUCAGAAGACUGCAAUUACCCCUUCGUCUCAGUUUUGUGAUGUCAAUUAAUAAAUCCCAGGGUCAGACCCUGUCUGUGGCUGGCCUUUUCCUGAAAGAGUCCUGUUUUUUGCACAGACAAUUAGCAAAAAGAAUGGGAGAAAUUCAUAUUGUCGCUAUUGUAGCUAAGAAUAGACUACACUUAACAGAAUCACAUGAGGCCAAUUGGGGUCAUAGUGAU